AUGUUAUCGCUUGGUAUGACGGCUGGUCGGGUGAUAGCACCUAUACGUGAUUUCAGCAUGAGUUUUAGAGAGCCUGGAGGUUACGAAGAACCCAGGCAGGCCGUGGGCAGCAUCACUCUAAGGUCUAGAGUGUGCGUCAGAAUCGCAGAGGGGGAGUCCGGGCAGAUAUCGAUUUUCACCGAAAGCACCAGCCGAGUCACGGUUAGGGAGAGCGUGCAUAUCACUGCACGGCAGAUUGCCCGCAGGACAUCUACCACCCCUCGCGACGUUGGGGCCUCAGCAGCUAUGCGAAGUGCACGGGACUGGCUCAACCAUAAUGUCGAAGAGGGGGGCGUGCACAUGAUACUUGUCCGCGAGUCCCCGCGACGCCGUACAGGCAGUCUUACCGGGUGCCCGAGACACGGCUGUUCCGGGUUAGUCCGACUUCCCGGGGUGUUGAUUAGCUGGAAGGGUUGGAGGGCCAUCGGGUGCUACCGCUGCUGCGCGUUGUGCUCGGAGGACAAAUCGUACCUUUUGCUCAACAAAGGGUGGUCGGCAGUGUCCAACGCCCUAAUCCCUGUUUUUGAGGAGGCAAUCAAGUCACUUCGGGCCGGCGACCAGGAUUCCGCGGACCGGAUUUUGACCGAGAAUGGAAUGCGGACGGCUCGGGCUGCUGGCCUACGGCCAGAUACGCUGUGGGCGGACUCACGUGUCAUCGUGCAGCAUGGGGUCAACGUCCCCGAGACUGACCUGUUCACUGCUGGCCCGGGACAUUUCUCGGUCGGGUCGGCCGACGUACGCCACCAGGCUCCUCGCCCCCCAACGACGGAUUGUGGCCCAGUACCCGCACGGGAGCUAAGCACGGGUGACAGGGGUGACAGGCUUGGUACUUGGGGUGUAGGAGCGCCACCCGUCAGCUUGAGUCAUACGGUCGGCAGCGGAGAGGUCCCCGUGCACCUGGCCGUUGAACAGCCGACCGGGGACACGAGUGGGGCCUCGGACAGGUUCCUUACCCGCCAAAAUCGGGUCCCCACCCACAAAUCCUCCCCGAUCUCAUUGCAAAUAUUUCUAACCUCCUCGCCCGCCGCCCCCGCGCACCAUCUUUGUCUACAUGGCUCCGUGGCCCACCCCCUGCCGCAUGGCUUUCGCCGUCUCGCCGCCGACCCGGCGCGCGCGUCACGUGCUGCGAUCUGCAUGCCGAGCGCGGCCACUGCGGCGCGUGGGGCUGCGCGGCUGCGCGACGCAGCAAAACAUCGCCCCCGCGCACGCGGUGCUGCGCCGCGCGGCCCACUCGCAGGGCCUGGACGUGGCGCGGCUCAACACCCUCGUGCGGCUCACGGAUCUGCUGCUGAGCGAGAGCCUUUCCAGUACAACCUCACGGCGAUCCGCACGCGCGAUGCCGUGCUGCUCAAGCACGUCGUGGACGCGCUGAGCCUGCUACCGGCGCUGGACGCGGAGGCCGCGGCCGCUGCCACCGGGCUGCGCGUCGUCGAUUUCGGCACGGGCGCGGGGUUCCCGGGGCUCGUCCUGGCCAUCGCGAGGCCGCAGUGGGACGUCACGCUGCUCGAGGCCGCGCGCAAGAAGACGCGCUUCCACGACCUCGUGGAGCGCGAGCUGGCCCUGCCCAACGUUUCGUCCGUGUGGGGGAGGGCAGAGGAGGUCGGGCAGAGUAAGAUGCAUCGGGGGCGGUAUGACGCGGUCGUGGCACGGUCGUUGGCGGAAAUGCGCGUUUGCUGCGAACUGUGCGUGCCGCUGGCAAAGGUGGGGGGCGCGUUAUUCGCGCAGAAGAGCGUGGGCGCGGGCGCUGAGGAGAUCGCCGCCGCGAAGGAGGCCAUCAGAAGGCUGGGCGGGAAGCUGGAAAGUGUGCGCGAAGCGUGGCCGUGGGAGUGGAUGCAGGGGCAGGGGGAGGAGACGGAAGAUGUUGACGGAAGGAAGAAGUGUAUUGUGGCCGUAAGAAAGGUGAAGGCUACGCCACGGGCGUUUCUGAGGUUGCCGGGGGUGCCGAAGAAGACGCCUUUGUGA